AUGGCCCUGUCUUCGAGUUGUUGGAAAUAUUUAGUGUUAACAUUCAACGUGUUAUUUGCUAUGUCAGCAGUAGCGUUGUUCGGCAUCAGUGGAUUUCUAUUAUAUCGGAUGUUUAUUUACCGGCACUUCAUAGGGGUAAAUGUGGAGUAUCCAGCAAUAUUACUACUAAUGAUGGCGAUCAUCACAUGUUCUAUAGCAUGGAUUGGAUGGCGGACAGCGAAGUCUAUGCAUCAUAUCCAUGUCGUAAUGGUUUACUUACUAUCAGAUCCUACUAAAUAUAAAAGUUAUGCUGGCACACUUAUUGUGUUGGUGGUGGUGAUAGAGUUCUCGUGUUUCGUUUGGGCAAUGGUAGAGUGGGAUAAUAUUGAAAUUGACAUAAAGAGCACCAUGAUGAAUUAUUUUAUGGAAACAAGUGAGAGAAAGGAUCCGAACUCCGCUGACUCACUACGAUGGGAUAAACUGCAUGUUAAGUUUGAAUGUUGCGGUGUCAGUGGUCCCAGCGAUUACACUUCCACGGGUCAUGUACCAUUCUCGUGCUGCGGUCAAGGUCCUCUGGAUUCACUGCACAAGCCUUACACAGCUGAUUGCUCCACGUUGUACCAGCGCGGUUGUGGGAAACAGCUGCAUGAAUACGCGAAAAAACAGUUGUUGUAUGUGGCUAUGGCGGCCCUCACGGCAUCAAUAUUGCAGGUCAGAACUUAA